UAUGCUACCUGUGAGAGCGGAUGGCCUGGGAUCAUAAACAUAUUCAGAACCGAGAAAUAUUCCUCUGCUCCAUCACACGAGAUGGCGCCUCCAGUGGAUUAUCUUCGUGCGCGGAACUGCUGGACAGAAAAGACGUGUGUGUGUGUGUGCGCGCGCGUGUGAAGGCAGACAGGGAGAAGUCUUCACAGCUGAAUUACCUCUAAAUACAACACGCCAGAUUUCUCUUAAGAGGUCGAAAGCCGUGCACUUAAGGAACAAUGGUCUAUGUGUUAAACGACUUUGAGGAAAUCUGCAUUAAUUAUCUCGUUAUAAUCCUGCGACAAGUCGAAUGAGUGAAGAUAAAGAAAUUCAAUUAUUUAUUCGUGUUUUGAUUCAUUCAGAAUGCAUUAAUGAACUUGAAGUGACAAGGUAAAAUUAUGUGCAUGAAAAGGAGUGGAGAAAACAGAAAUUCGAAGAUUACAGUUUUUUUCACGUUUUUAAAGGGGUCGUUGAACAAUGUCUACAUCGUAGACCCAAAUCUUUCACUCUGACAGCAAACGGCGGUGGUCGAGAUCUUGUAGAAAAUCAUGUUGCGUUUCUCAACGGAUUUGGUGUAAAGUUUUGUAAAAAAAAAAAACGUUAGGUUGUGAACUGAUUAUUUUACUCGGAAGAUCUGUGUAUUUUACUGGAGCAUUCGACUGAUGGUGCUUCUUACAUGAGAAAUUUGGUUGUUCCUGAGAAGUCACUCCUGGGAUGGACCUGCUUCUCGACGCAAAGGCAAUAUCCCAGGGUGCGGUCCCACGGUGAGGCAGCACAUGUGGUCCUGACUGAGGUGUAGAAGACUGCAGUGGUGAGCAGAUGAUGUUCACAGACAAGAGCUCCAGCACGUCUGUGCCUAAGAAGGCGCCCAAGAAGAAGAAGACGCGCCCGCAGGGCCUGCCCUCCCCGGCCCUGUGCUGCGCCUGCGGCCUCUGCAUCAUGCUGGCGGGCAUCAACAUCACCCUGGUGGGCGCCUUCGCCUUCGGCUCCUUCCUGCCCAAGAGCAACCCGCCCAUCGUCAUCGGGCCCGUCCUCCUCCUGGUGGCCUUCACCUUCUUCGGGGCCUGCUGCGUGUGCAGCCGCCGGCCCCCCGCCCAGGGCUCGCGCAAGGCCAAGGGGGGCGGCAACCUGGGCCUGAUCCGCACCGGGGGCGUGGCCUUCGAGAUCGAGACCAGCGAGCACACCCUGCAGGACACCACCGCCGUCCAGCUGAGCCCCACCAACUCGCCCGGCUCCUCGCGCAGGUCCAGCCCCUCGUACGAGGCCGCCUCCCGCGCCUGCAAGCUCUUCACCAUGGAGACCAACGGCCCGGCGUCCGCCUGCUACUCCGCCUCCCCGGCCGGCGAGGCCGUCCAGCUCAACCUGCCCCGCGACCCUGCGGCGACCUAAUAUGGAAAUGAGGCGCGGCGGUCUUUUGCCCUGCUCGCGUGAUGACCCCCCAGGCCGGCCGCUCUGUCACUGGGGAAGCUCACCUCCAGCAUCUUCAGAGUGAGCCCGACAGUGCUAAUGAGUUGUUCUCUGCCAGGGAUCAUAGCCUUUCCAGCAGAGCUUUAGACGUCAUACUGAGCACUGUGAGAGGACAAACUGGAAACAAUAUACUGUAAAGUACUGCUACUGUGAUUGUAUGCCGUCGCUGUUUUGAAGAGGUUGUGGGUAAAGCUAGAACUGGUAGGAUCUGGUGCGUUGAUGUACAUUAAGGAAGACAUCUCCUCACAGUCUGAACCUCUGACUGUUGGGGUGGGUAUUAAGAACAAUCCUGGUAAACGUGUCCCUUUGUGAGGGGCUCUGUCAUGCUGUCUCUGUGUUUUACUUCCAGAACGAACAAAACAAAGCCAUGCAUAUGGGAAUAUGGGCUAAUUAAAGGGGAUGGAUCUAUGUGUUGUCAGAGUGUAAGAGGAGAAAUGGUUUUGAAAGCUGGGAAAUACAACUUGAUGGCAAUAUUUCUGUGAAUUUAUUUGAAAUGGUGGUAAUAUAGGAAAUAAUUCUUACAUAUUGGAAUUUUCAUGGAAUUACUUCAGCAUAAACAAUUCAUAGAUUCAUAAUAUUUCAUAGAUCUAUAUUUCCUGUCAUCGGUAAUAUAGUCUGAGCACAGAAGAACAAACGUUAGCCUUCCAACCUUACUAUUUUCAGUACCCUACUCAAUCAGUGUAAAGCAAAACACAUUGAGAAUAAAAAAUUGUUAAAUGGGAAACACAUUGCCCAUUUAAUUGCAAAUCUUUUUAUUGUUAUGAUUCUUAACCUGUCCCUCCUAUUGAAUAGAAUAGAAUAGAAAUGUAUUGCCCAAACAAGGCCUCAUCUCAAGAGCAUUUAAAAUAGAUUGAAUAUCACCAAAACAGAUUUCACAUGACAUUAUAUAAAAUAUGGCUGCUGAGAAAAAUAUAAACCAUCCCAACAUAAUCAUCGUGUCCUAUUGAGUCGGAUAAUUGCAUUAGGGACAAAUGACCUUUUGCACAGGUUACAUUUAGCUAAUGUUUUAAAACAAUGUCCAGAAGGAAGAAUCUCAAAGUCAGAAUGGAGAGGGUGGUCAGGGUUGUUUACUGUAGCCUUAGAUUUCCUGAGUACAGCUGAGCCGUAAAGAAGAUUGUUAAAGCGAAGACCCGAAUCACUGUGGUCAUUGAAGAGCCCAUGGCACGUUUUUGUAGGCGUAGGGGUUCUAAAAGAUUGGCUGUCUGCACCUGGCCACCUAAUCACCCUGUACAUAUGAUUGGCUGCCCAAUCUCUUGCACCGCUAUCUGCUUUGAUACCCAAGACCAUCACUGUAAAAUAGAACCGAUGUAUCAAUUCACUUAUCUGGCUUAAUACAGGUAAAAAAGAUAAUAACAACAACAAUAAUAAUAAUAAUAAUAAUAAUAAAAACAACAAUAAUAAUUUAGUUGGGUUAGUAUGUUUGUGCACUUCUGUAUAUUUGUCUAUAUUUAUACAUAACAGUACUUAUUUAUUAAAAUGUAUUAAACUGACAGUGAAUUAUUUUAGAUAUUCGAGAAAACAUUUGUGUUAAAGAUUAUCCACUUUGUCCUGGUAUUUCACUAGCUAUCUUUUCAUGUUAUCUCCUAAAAUGACUAUAUAACUUUACAUAAUAUAGUAUGUUAGGGAACUCACACAACAUCACACGU